GCUGCGAGCUGCUCCCUGGCGCGGAGGCCGGAAGCGCCCGCCCGGAGCCGCCGCGGCCCGUCCUUGUUCGGCGCGGAGGCCGCGCCGCCCGCGCCGCCAUGGCCAAGUGGGGCCAGGGGGACCCGCGCUGGAUCGUGGAGGAGCGGGAGGACGGGACCAACGUGAACAACUGGCACUGGACAGAGCGAGACGCCACCAGCUGGUCCAAGGGGAAGCUCCGAGAGCUGCUCGUGGGCAUCGUGGUGGAGAAUGAGGCCGGCAGGUGUGAGAUUGGCGAGCUGAAGCAGGUGGAAGGCGAGGCAUCUUGUAGCAGCCGCAAAGGAAAGCUGAUUUUCUUCUAUGAGUGGAACAUUAAGCUGGGCUGGAAAGGUACAACCAAAGAAUCUAGUGCAAAGCACAAGGGAUUGAUUGAAAUACCCAACCUUUCUGAAGAAAAUGAAGUAGAUGACACUGAGGUGAACGUGAGUAAAAAGAAAGGAGAUGGGGAUUUACUGAAGGAUCUUAUGAAAACUGCAGGCACCGCCAAGGUCAGGGAGGCCCUGGGAGAGUACCUGAAGGCACUUAAGACGGAAUUUACAACAGGAAUGAUUUUACCAACAAAAGCUGUGGCAAGUCAGGAACUGACAGUUAAAAGGAAACUGAGUGAGAACACCUUGCAGGUUCAGGCCUCAUCUCCAGUGGCUUUGGGUGUGAGGAUUCCCACUGUGGCUGUACACAUGACGGAGCUGUUUGACACAACAGUAGACCAGCUAUAUAGCAUCUUCACUGUGAAAGAUCUGGUGCAGAAAUUUUCCAAAUCUCCUGCUAUAUUGGAAGCUGAAAAGGGAGGGAGAUUCCAAAUGUUUGAUGGGAAUAUCACUGGUGAAUACAUAGAAUUGUUAACAAAUAGAAAGAUCAUCAUGAAAUGGAGAUGUAGGAACUGGCCAGAAGAACACUAUGCAACUGUUGCACUGAGUUUUGUGCCUACUCUAGGGCGGACGGAAUUACAAUUGGACUGUAAAGGAGUUCCUGUCUGUAAGGAAGAAAACAUGCGAUCCUGUUGGCAGAAGCAGCACUUUGAAGAAAUAAAAGGUUUACUACAGCCGACCACCCUAAGUGGUUGAAUUAGGUUUUAUAACGGCAUUGCUUUUUAUAAGCUGUCAUGUUUACCUCUUCCUUAAAAAACAAAUCGCUGUAAUUUAUUUUAUAUUGGAUGGAAUCCAUGAACCUAUAAUUAGACUCUGCAUUGAGUUAAAAGUAGUAAAAUCCUGAAAUUAGGUAUUAAUCUCCCCUUCCUCCAUAGAUGUUCCUCUGAAAGUAGAUCAAGUCUGUGUGUUCAGAUAGUUGAUGUGUCCCAAGCUAAAGCUUGUCCUAGUAAGCUUACUUUUUCAGCUGUACUUUUAAGUCUGAAGAAGACAAAAAAGAAAUGGCAUGCAUUCUAUUACUUUAGGGUUUUUAAGAUGUAGCUCAUAGGUAUGUAGGUCUAUUUGUGGCAUGUUUCACUCAAAAAGAUGUUAAAGUGAGGCUAGCUGGUUGUAUUCAUAUUAUACUGCUCUGGUCCACUUUGGGAUGGAGUGGAUUGAGAUGGGUUAAGUUGCUUUUUUGGACUACCACUAAUUCUUGUACUGAACUAGACAACUGCUUAUUCCCCUUCUUCAGUUAACUCAUUACUUUAAUCUGAGAAGACUGAAGCAACGUAUGUAAACAAAUGAAAAGUCAUCACAAUCAAUUUAAUUAAGUGCACAGAAUAGCAGUCAUGUCAAUAAAAAUAAAACAAUUAUUUUUA